CCCUGUGAAAAACGCGAAGAGCCGAGAGGUGGGAACAGCCGAUGCUAUUUCUUGGAAGUCUUCCUGGUUUCUAAACCGCCGAGUCUUCUCUUGCUAUGUUACUUGGCUUUCCAACUUGCAUAUCCGAGCUGAUUUUUAGUGUUGCAACUUUGGUUCUAUUCCUGGUCUAGACUCUUUUAACACCAAUCACGAAUUAAAGUCAUCUUCACCAGUACUAUCGCUGUUGCAGCCCGGAGAGACCAUGUCUCAACAACACCACCAACAGCAGCAUUAUCAGCCACCACCUGGGGAAUUCCAGUUCCAAACCCAACAAUCAAAUCUUUACCUAUCUUCCACGUCUGAUUUUGGGGGACCAGAAUAUGAAGCUACGUACAGAUAUCCUACAGAUUCCAACAAUCACCUAGUGCAACCAAAUGGCAUUCCUUUACCCGACUAUAAUGGCGAUUAUCAUGAUGUUCCAGCCGAUGAUCUUGCCAAACCACAUUCCGACUUUCCGGAAGGAGGUCGCGAUGCCUGGUUAACGGUGCUCGGUGCAUCAGCCUGUCUCUUCGCUUCGUUUGGAUGGAUCAACUGUGUUGGCAUCUUUCAAGACCAAUAUCAGACCAACCAGCUCAAAGACUACAGUCCGUCAGAUAUUGCAUGGAUUUCGUCGCUUCAAGUCUUCUUUAUGAUCUUCGGUGGUCUUUUCGUUGGCAAAAUGAUGGAUGACUAUGGCCCUGGUCUUCCCAUUGCACUCGGAACAUUUCUCCAUGUGUUCGGCCUGAUGCUGACGAGCGUUGCGGACAACUACGUCUCUAUUCUUCUCUCCCAAGGAGUCCUGUCAUCUAUCGGUGCAUCGAUGGUCUUCAACCCAUCCUUCAACUGCGCUUCUACUUGGUUCUUGAAAAAGCGUGGUGCGGCACUUGGCCUCGUCGCCAUGGGCUCAUCCAUCGGCGGUGUCAUUUUCCCAAUCAUGCUCAUUAAUCUGAUUCCCAAAAUCGGAUUUGGCUGGGCUGUGCGUAUCUGCGCUUUUCUCAUUCUGGCGCUUUUGACGUUUGCCAACUUCACGGUCAAAUCGCGACUUCCGCCGCAAAAGCGCCCGCUCACGGCCAAGUCUUUCUUGGUGCCCCUUUCUGAGCACCCCUUUGCUCUCCUGACUGCGGCUAUUUUCUUCUUUUACUGGGGGAUGUUUAUUCCGAUCACUUUCAUUGUCGUCGAGGCACGCGCGCAAGGAAUGUCGGGUCACUUGGCUGAUUAUCUUGUUCCUAUCUUGAACGGCGCAAGUAUCAUCGGCCGAACUGUGCCUAAUGCUCUCGCGGACAAGGUGGGACAUUACAACAUGAUGAUCAUGAUGGCCACCCUAACCACUGUUUUGAUACUGGGAGUGUGGCUUCCGACCAGCGGCGAUGCAGCCACCGUGGCUUUUGCCGCAUUAUUCGGCAUCUCAUCCGGUGCGGGUAUUGGCCUGACUCCUGUCCUGUGUGCUCAUAUCUCGCCCAUCACUGAAAUCAACAUAAGGUCCGGAACUGCCCUGACCAUAUCCUCAUUUGCGGCCCUGACGGGAUCUCCCAUUGGUGGUCAGAUCAUUGCGAAGAGCUUUGGAAGUUUUGACAACGUCAAGAUCUUUGGGGGAGUUGCUUGCGGUAUUGGAACUUUGCUCUUUUUGGCGUCACGAAUUGCAUAUGGAGGUAUUGGGUCCAAAAAGAUAUAGAUUAGGUUAGAGAGACGGUGGAUUGAGUCAUGGAAUAGCGGCUGAAGAUAUUACAUCACAGCACAACACGAUCAUAAUGGAAAAUGGUUCUUAGGGGUAUAUUACAAGAUACAGGGGCAAAUCUGGCUUAGGAGUUGAUUUAGGGUGUUUUGGACUUGCGAUGUAUCUACGUUAUUUUGUCUAGAUUUGAAAAUGGAAUCAUGUGCCGCAUG